UGUCUCAGUGCAUUCGUACAUCGAUGUGGUCGUACAGCACGAAUCGGCAAUCAGGGAAACGCCCUCGUCUUUCUGCUGCCGAUGGAGUCGUCGUACGUCAACUUUUUGUCCAUCAACCAGAAAUGUCCACUGGAGAAGUUGGUCCUCACAGGGGAAGUUGUGGACGUGCUGCCUAAAGUGAAAGCCAUGUCUCUGGCAGACCGAGCCAUGUUUGACAGAAGCAUGAGAGCCUUCGUGUCGUACGUCCAGGCCUACGCCAAACACGAGUGCAGCCUGAUCUUCAGGGUCAAAGAUCUGGAUUUUGCCUCGUUGGCGCACGGCUUCGCCCUCCUGCGCCUGCCGAAGAUGCCCGAGCUGAGGGGGAAAACGUUUCCGGAUUUCAUAGAGACGACGGUGGACACGGACACCAUCCGCUACAAGGACAAGAACAGGGAGAAACAGAGGCAGAAGAUGCUGGCCGAGCUGAAAGACAGAGACAAGACUCCUCUUCCUAAAAGGAACUUCCUGAAGAACAAGGCCUGGUCCAAACAGAAGAGCAAGAAGGAGCGCCGGAAAAAGAGGUCGGCCAAGAGGAAGCACGAAGAGGGCUCCGACGUGGACGACGAAGACAUGAAGGAGCUUUUGAACGACACUCGCCUCCUCAAGAAACUAAAGAAAGGUCAAAUCACAGAGGAGGACUUUGAGAAACAGAUAACAAGCGGACCAAAACACCAACCAGACGGGCCCUCGGGGGACGAGGAGGCGUGAUCACCUGUAUUCAGCGUGUAGAGAAAAGCAGAAUUCAAUAAAACCUUUGACAUUUGUUUA